UUUGACAUCCAAUAGUCGAUAAUUAAUAAAUCAAUGUACUCUAGUGGUGUCGUUACACAAAACAAACUUUAAUCGAGUGGACGAACUAUACGGUGGACAAAUUGUCUGUGGACGAAAUGUACAGUGGACAAAUUAUCUAGAAAGCUAGUUUACGACUCAUUUACGGCAAUUAAAUUGCGGAAAAUUGUACAUGUGAAAGAUGCUCUUUUGAAAUGCUCGUUUAAUUGCACAUUCACGUUGGAAAAAGAAACAGUCGUAAUGUUUAGGACUAAGCAAGACGUGGAUAAACACGUCAAUCAAAUUUUGGGGAAAAUCAAGGAUGUGAAAGAAAGAACUUCAAAAGGAUAUCAUAUAGCCCGGAUGUACUAUGAUAUUAAAGAGUAUGAACUGGCAAAGAGAUACAUUUGUACGUUUCUAAGUGUACGAGAGACGGUGCCCCAGGCUCACAAACUUUACGGCCAUAUUCUUAGUGCUCUCGGAAAGAAGGAGGAAGCUCUGGAAUCUUACAGAAGGUCAUAUGAUCUGGAUAAUUCACAGAAUGAUUUGGUGUUGAAGAUCUGUGAGUUGUGUACACAGACGGCGAUCGAUCCAGAAAGAGCACGGUUUUGGUUGGAAAAAGCCGAGCAUUUGUUUCCAAACAAUGAGACUGUGUUUAAACUCAAAGAAAUCAUUGUGGAGAUAAAGUACGAUGGAGACGCAAAACAGCUGGAGGAUCUUCUCACAGCAGAAAUGGUCAAGCGUCCAUUUGACGUGGGACUCCGCAUCAAGCUACUUCGACUACUACUUAAGACAGGCCGCUUUGAAGAGGCCUAUGACAUUGCUGUGGCAAUCGAGCAGAAAGUAGCUUUCUUCACUAGUUUGGAGUGGUAUGAAACAUUGAUGGACAUUUAUGACGUGUACAAGAAUGAGAAAGGUUGCCGUGGUAACACUGACUUUUACAUGCAGUAUUUGUUUGCCAUCAGCAGAGUGGUGUAUCUCCGAUUGGGCUGCAGAGAGCCCAGUGCAUCAGCUGACAUGUUGUAUGCCUUUGAUCAGAUGUUGCAAGAAGCGGUGGCAGUCGAAAAGCAAACUAGUGAAUGGAAUGCGUUUUUAGAAGAAAUGCAAGGGCAGAUUUUCUUCCUUGCUGGAACUCUUCUUCUGAAGAGAGCACAAAAAGGUCAGUACACGUGGCAGGAGGUCUCCCCACUGGCCGGCGUGUGUUACAUGAUCAGCGAGACGUACAAGACGCAGAAUCCCGAAUCGCCUCUGUUCAUCAGCAUCUCGAAGACGGACCGCGCCAAGAUGUUUGAUAAGAUGCAGAAGAUGGGAAACUUCAGGAGGAGUCAAGGAGGUCAUAUUCUGAAGGAGAUGUCUAAGAGGUUUGACAACUGGGAGGAGAAGAGCCGCGUCCAGUUCUGCUCUGCGCAGGGCCAGGACAAGUUGUACGACAUGCUGUACAAACUGCGAGGCCAGCGCGCCAAAAAGGACACCUCCUUCCUCCGGCAGAGCAAGAACUUCGGUGACACGACCCUCGGUGUGCCUCUUCAUGCCCAGCUGGUCCAGUUUGACAAAGGGGCCAGCCAGCUCCACCCGGACAACCUGUCUGACCUCAUUUGGAUUGCUCUUUACUGGUAUACAGGUAGCACUGACGCCUGUCAGCCAUCAUAUGGAUUCCAGAUCUUUCAAAACUUGCCGUACAGCGUUCGGACACUGGACAGUGGAUCACCAGAAUCAUUGUGUCUGUUAGAUGUAGAGAGUUUUCUGUAUGCUGCGGUUCGCUGUGCUGCAUGUCGACAUCAGGACCGUCACAAGCUGCGCCAAUCUGAUCGCCACGAGCCCUGGCUUGCUCCGUCCUGUCUGUGCAGCAGUCUGUGCAGUCACGAACAGGCAGAGUGGUGGCUAGCAGCGUACAAGUUCACCACUAACAUGGUCACAGAAAGUUUUUCCAUGACGCGGCAUGUCUUGAUGCGGGGGCUUGAAACGGUUCGACUUGUGGGCAGUCACGGCAUGUCAACACAGAUGAUUGUUAAUCUGGCGAGAUCUUUUGACAAAAAGGCGAACAAUCUGAAGACGCUGGAGAGUGACGGGCAGGUGGUGGCGGACCACCUGGAAGAAGUGGAGGAGAGAGCCGCCUUCUACUGGAGGAAUGUUCUCGACCAGCUCGACAGACUCAAGAGAAAUCGAGUUUUACCUGUCCCGAAAAAGCGACUGUUUGCCGUCGAUUCGGACCGUGAGUUUGACACGAAUGUUCCAGAAGACUUGAAGGCCAUGGAGAGUCUCAAGGCCGAAGCGAGGUUUUCCAUUGGGGUCGUUGCCAUGAACAACAAGGAGUUUGAAGAGGCCAUCAAAGCUUUCAAAAGUCUUUCCAAUCCGUGGGCGUCUUUCUACACGGCAAAAAUUUACAAGAUGCUGGCUAAGGAUGAGGAGACGAAAGGCACGAAGGAGGCGCGUGAACAGUCGACUGUUCUCCUGAAGCAGGCCCUGGAUUCCCUGUACCACACCAUGGAUCUGCUGCGCGACAACAAGGAUCAUGAAUUGAAUAAAUAUCUUGUUGAGGAAGUUGAUAGUCUGCAGUCGGAGAUAGAGAGAAGAAAUACGGAUGACUCUCCCGACAGUGAGUACUACACGCCACCCAACAGCCAGGACGAAGAGGAGCUGGAGACAUCGAUACAGACUCAGGCCUCACCCACCCUCCCCACCGUGUCGCCUAGACUCGUAAACCUGCAUCCCAGUCGAAAUCGGUCUUGGAGCAGUCACCUGCAGCCGAGUCCCGAGCGCCUGGACGCCCAGCUGCGAUCUCUGUCGUUUUCCCAGGACACGCUGCUGAAGAUGGUGCUGGAACGCAAUGAAGACCUCGUCAACAUCAACAAAGAAAUGGUACAGCAGCUGCGCAGCAGUCACGAGAUGAUGCAUCAUCUCAAAAACGAACUCCUUGAAGUAUGUCAUCACAACGCAUUGCUCGGAUCGAACUUCAUGCCUCCCACACCAUCGGGACAGAGUUCGUAUAUGUCCGGAUCUCCGUAUCGGCCCCAGUAUCCGUAUCGGCCCCAGCAGUAUCCGUACGGCCCGCAGCCGGGCUGGGGCUCUCCGUAUGGUGGUCCGAUGCAGGGUCCUGGGAACUUCGUGCCGCCGUUCCGAGCUCCACUCACUCCACAGUCGAACAUCCGCCACAGCUUUGGUGCUUAUCCCGGAAAGCCUGAAGACGAGCUCGGUCAUCAUGGAAACGAGGAGGAUCUGCACAACAUGGAUGGUGAAUACUACAACGUGGCCCUGGAUGAUGAGAGCCAGUACUACACCCCGGAGGGGAGCUGUAUGCAGCAGGACUGGCCGUUCAGCAACAUUGCCAGCAUGGAGGGAGGUUCUGCAACAACGUACUCCCCUCACAACAGAUCCCAGAUGCAGCAGCCACAGCAGCAGCAACAGCAGCAGCAGAAUGGAUUCAUUGCUGCUCAUCUCCGAGGACAAGCCCUUCAGUUCUCGGGCCAAGGUUCCAGCAUUCCGGCUAGCAUGCCGGGGCCGGGUUUCUUCUCUGUACCACAGACGUCAGCUCCAGCAGUCCUUGCUGGUCCUCAGCCCAUGACCGUCAUGUCGGGAGUCGUGGGCAGUCAGCCAGUGCAGUCGCCCUAUGCGGGGAUCCCAGUAUCAAGCAGUAUGACACCGCAGACUGUGACCAGUGGCAGCAGCAGCAGUUCGCUCCAGCAGUAUCUACAGACACCACAGGGGACUCCGGCGUCUGGCCAGGUGACUCCCGUGUUUGGACUGCAGCCGGCACAGAAACCGUUCGCUCUGGGUAAUCUGUCUGAGCCCUCUGUUGCUCAGGGAAGUCCUGCUUUCACUCAUCAUGCAGCUAAUGUGUCCGAAUCGGCUGCAGCUGCUACUGCCCAACAGGUUAAAUCUCCCACAUCUGGCGUUCAGGAUCUGUCCAUAUCAGCGGGAUCUCAGAAGUCCUCAAAUGCUGCUACAGAGAGUACUGCCUUGUUUGAUGAAAGGGCAAAGCACACAUCAAAGAUUGGUAUUUCUCGUUGGGGGCGUCUGAGGGUUGUCCCGUCCGGGGACGGCGGAUACAUCGUUGCGAUGAAAAGCGAUGAAGGAGAAGUGAUAUUUGAACAUGAUUUGGCAUCCGUUAAGAUACCAACUGGCUUUGUACCUCAGCCAGUAUGUUUGAAGGUGACGCUACCUGACAGAAAGACCGAAGAAACGAUCAAUCUUACUUUUGAAGAUGUGGCUCAUGCUUCUAAGUUAAGAGACCUCUACAAACAGUUGUUGGAGAAGUCGAAAGUUUCUGCUCUUAAAGAAUCUUCACCAGCUGCUACUGUUCCUUCCGCCAAGCCUGUGCUGCCUACCCCACCUCCAAAGUCAGUGAUAAAUAAAGAAACGCCACCUUUGUCAGCGUUUGGUGGGAAACCAGUGUCGACAUCUACUCCGAUCGGAAAGGACUCCAUGUUUGGAGGUUUUACGUUCACAAGCACCCCGAUUGUGAAACCUUCACUAGAACCCACGAGCGAGACGAAGACAUCUCCCGGAUUCAAGCUCAAGGAGAGUAGCCUUAAUGUGACCAGUCCAUCUGCAGGUGCUCAAGCUAAACCUUUCUCAGGAUUCAGUUUCCCAGUUGCCAAACCAUCGACUGUGACCACACUGACUGGCAGUGCUGCUCAAGGAGAUAAAGGUUCUCUGACUAAAGGAGGAUUUUCCAUUGGACAAAAUACUUCAGCUACAACAGCGACUGAUGGGCAACAAAUGACUUUCGGCUUCAAGGGAUUUGAACUUGCAGGACAGCAGCCAUUCCAGACUGGGAGCCCAGCUCCUGCUCCGUCACACGAGGAAGAAAAGGUUGAGGAGUACGAGCCCAGUGUGGACUUCAAGCCACUGAUAGAGCUCCCCGAGUUGGUGGAGGUGAAAACGGGUGAGGAGGAUGAGAAGAAACUGUUCGGGGAGCGUUCCCGUCUCUUCCGAUUCGAUGCCGAGACCGGACAGUGGAAAGAACGUGGAAUCGGGGAGAUAAAGAUUCUGGAGAGUACUGAUGGAAAGCGGUUCCGUAUCCUCAUGAGAAGAGAACAGGUUCUGAAGAUCUGUGCCAACCACAACAUCUCGGUUGAUAUGAAGCUGAUCCCAAUGCCAAGUUCUGACAGGGCUUGGUGCUGGACGGCCAUGGACUUUGCAGACGAGUCCAUGAAGACUGAGCAGUUUGCUGUGAAGUUCAAAACCAAAGACAUUGCUGCCAAUUUUAAAGAGAUCUUUGAGAGCUGCCAGAAGGACCUUGCAGAUAUUCCAACUGGUUCCGAUGCUGCAGUCGUUCAUGAAGAAAAAGCUGCAAGUACUGAUGCACCACAGAAAGAUAAAGAUCAACAAAGCUUUGCUGAUAAGUUCAAACCAAAACCUGGGAGUUGGGAAUGUUCUGGCUGCUAUUGUAGAAAUGAUGCAGACGUUCUCAAAUGUCCUGCCUGUCAGACUUUAAAGCCUGGAACUAAACCAGAAGACAUCAACAGUAAGGGAGGCAGUUCCAUUGGUGGUGAUUUUACGUUUGGAAGUGGAUCUGUUGGAGGACCUUCUGGAGGGUUUAGCUUCACGACUGAGAAGCCACAAUCCAUAGAAACUAUUGUUACCACUGGCAUCAAAGACAAAGACCAGCAGAGCUUUGCGGACAAGUUCAAACCAAAACCCGGAAGUUGGGAAUGUACAGGAUGCUACUGUAGGAAUGAAGCAGACGUUUUGAAAUGCCCAGCCUGCCAGACUCUGAAACCCGGAGUAAAACAGGAUGAAGUUCAGGCUCAGACUGGGAAAAUAUCUACAGGAGGAGGUUUCCAGUUUGGUACUGCUGGAGGGUUUACAUUCGGGGCCAAGACCACACAACCCAAAGAAUCAAAAGCUGUUCCUCUAGCUGAAGGUAAAGAGAUUUCCUUUGCUGACAAGUUCAAGCCAAAGCCUGGAAGUUGGGAAUGCACGGGCUGUUAUUGCAGGAAUGAUGCCAAUGUCCUUCAGUGUCCAGCUUGUCAGACACUAAAACCGGGAAUAAAGAAAGAGGACAUUGAGCCGAAGUCUCAGAGUCAAGCAGAAGGUAUUUCAGGUGGAGGCGGUUUCAAAUUUGGAAGUGCUGGGGGAUUCACUUUUGGCAAAGCUCAGUCAAAGGACCAGCCAACCGAUUCUUUGUUCAAAGUAAAUAAACCAGAAGGAACGACUGCAGAUUCAAAGGGUCCACCAUCGUCUGGAGGAUUCAAGUUUGGUGUCCAGGCCAAAUCAGCUGAGAUGAAGUCUGAACCUUCACCGAAAGGAUCUACUUUGGCAGCAUUGCUGAUUGCUGACGAAGAACCGAGCCCAACCUCUGACAGAUUCAGUUUUGCACCUGCAGCGAAGACCGGUGGUUUUAACUUUGGAGGAGCUGCAAAGUCAGGAGGCUUCCAGUUCAAUCUGGGUAAAGUUACCACGCCAACCAAGGAUCAGGAGAACGUUUCCUCGGACGGUAAAACAUCUUUACAGUUUUCUUUCUCGCCGACGUCUAAAGACAAAUCGAGCAUUCCCCCAUCUCCCAAAUCUCCCGUGGUGGACGAACACGGUUUGUACAUCAACAAGGAAGGGGAGGACUCGCACAUCUAUUUCGAACCGGUUGUUCCACUUCCGGAUAAGAUCGAGGUGAAAACGGGCGAAGAGGACGAAUCAGUUUUGUUUGAACACCGGGCCAAGCUGUACAGGUUCGACAGUGGGGAGUGGAAGGAACGUGGACUGGGCAAUGUGAAGAUACUGGAGAACAGACUGACGAAGAAGAUCCGCAUACUGAUGAGGCGGGAGCAGGUCCUGAAGCUGUGCUUGAACCACAUGAUAACCUCCGACCUCCAGCUCAAUCAGAUGCCGAGGUCCGAUGGCAAAGCUUGGAUCUGGUACACACAAGAUUUCUCUGACGACGAGCCGAAAAUUGAACAGUUUACCAUUCGCUUCAAGACGGCCGAAAUUGCCGAAAGUUUUAAGGCUGCGUUUGAUGAUGCAAGAUCAAAGAUGUCCGAAGGUCCAAUGCAGACUGCUUCUAGGCAACUCUUUGCAUCUGAGGGUGUUGAGGAUCCUGUGGUUGAAACGUCACAGCAGGUGACUGGAGAUAAAGGAAAUAAAAUCUACAGUGCCCAGCUUGACUCCGCAGGUGUUGAGGAGCCUAUGGUUCCAGCGUCACAGCAGGUGACUGGAGAUAAAGGAAAUAAAAUCUACAGUGCCCAGCUCGACUCCGCAGGUGUUGAGGAGCCUGUGGUUCCAGCGUCACAGCAGGUGACUGGAGAUAAAGGAAAUAAAAUCUACAGUGCCCAGCUUGACUCCGCAGGUGUUGAGGAGCCUGUGGUUCCAGCGUCACAGCAGGUGACUGGAGAUAAAGGAAAUAAAAUCUACAGUGCCCAGCUCGACUCCGCAGGUGUUGAGGAGCCUGUGGUUCCAGCGUCACAGCAGGUGACUGGAGAUAAAGGAAAUAAAAUCUACAGUACCCAGCUCGACUCUGCAGGUGUUGAGGAGCCUGUGGUUCCAGCGUCACAGCAGGUGACUGGAGAUAAAGGAAAUAAAAUCUACAGUGCCCAGCUCGACUCCGCAGGUGUUGAGGAGCCUAUGGUUCCAGCGUCACAGCAGGUGACUGGAGAUAAAGGAAAUAAAAUCUACAGUGCCCAGCUCGAUUCCGCAGAUGCACACAAGUGAGCAGGCUGUACUGGUCCAGCGACGACGAAUAUCGUCCGUCCACAGCCGAGGAAACCCCAUUGUCUUCAAAUGGUUUUGAUCUGUUCUUCAUGGGAAAACGUGCUGAUGAUAUGACUAUCAGUAAUGGGUUGCUAGAUCUGCACUUGGUUAUCUGGGAUUUAGAAUCUGGCAGAAACCUGCUGAUGGAUGGUACAGCAGUAUUUAUUGUUAAUGCACACACAGCCGACACAAACUUUAUUUUAUGAACUUGUAGACUGUGAGACACUGAAAAUCUGUGUAAUGGCAGCCUUUGCGGUUCAGAAAAUUGCCUCGGCAAAACAAAAGAAAAACGUUUUAAGGCAAAAGUAGUUUGCUUCAGGUAAAAUACCCCUUGCCUAAGCAUUUGUAUUUUCCACGAUUAUGCAGCAUUAAUAUGUCUUCAGUGAAGAUUCGUCAGCAAAAAGAAGUGCUCAUUUCAUUGAUUCUACUUCCAAAUCUGCUUUUAUAUCGAAAUUACUGAGUGCUGAAGAAAUUGCAAGGACUUUAAUGGUGAUGUGAAUGUUUUAGAAUUAAUAAAUAUACUGGAGUGUGCAUAUUUCACAGCUUUGCUAGGAUGUGAACCGUCUUGUCCCAACACUCAAUACAUACAGGUUUACAAUACACUGCAACGUUGUGUUAGUGAGAUUCAUUGUUGCUACACAACAUUUCCACGGUACCUACAGAUUGAUCAUUUUGUGGAUGAUUUGUGUGAUAAGUGUUAUUCCUGCAGACAUUGCUAAUGGACAUUGGUUUGCUAAUGAGUUGAUUGUUAAAACAGAAAUUGUUAAAGGCAUACUGUCACAGAUUUAAGGACCUUAUUUCUCUAAAAAUUAAUAAUAAAUCAGAAUUACAUACCAAAUCUAGCUAUUGCCUCACUUUAACUACACCAUGAUGGAGUGAA